UCACCCUGGAAUAACCCGAAUGAAAGGUUUGGCACGAAGUUACAUGUGGUGGCCACAGAUGGACGCGGAAAUAGAAGGCAUGGUAAAAACUUGUGCCACAUGUCAAGAGAAUAGGAAUUCUCCCCCCUGUGCACCUUUACAUCCAUAGGAGAUGCCAAACCUGCCAUGGAGACGAAUCCACAUUGAUUAUGCUGGUCCGUGGCUAGGGAGAAUGUUCUUAAUCUUAGUGGAUGCCUACUCUAAAUGGCUAGAGGUGUACCCGUUACAUAAGUCUACCUCUACUGUAACCAUUCAAUGCCUGAGACAAAGUUUCAGCCAACAUGGGAUACCUGAAAUGGUGGUGUCGGAUAAUGGCAGCAGUUUCACAAGUGCAGAGUUCCAAGAGUUUAUGACCCGAAAUGGCAUCAAACACAUCACCACAGCACCGUAUCACGCAGCGUCUAAUGGACUGGCUGAACGGGCGGUGCAGACGUUCAAAAGUCUGAUGAAAAAGAGCACAGGAGAUUCCAUUGAGACAAAGCUUGCUAGAGCAUUGUUCAGUUACAGGAUCACACCACAGUCGACUACUGGGAAAUCUCCUGCGGAACUGUUGUGUGGAAGAAAGCUAAGGUCUACCUUGGAUCUCAUCCAUCCUGAUUUUAAAAGUCAAGUGCAGGAAAAACAGAUGAAACAAAAAUUUUACCAUGAUCGACAUGCUAGGGAGAGACUUGUGACUGAAGGUGACCAAGUGUACACUAAGAACUUUGGAUCAGGGCCUAUCUGGGUUCCUGGGACAGUUCAGAAACAGACGGGACCGGUGUCUUGUACGGUUGCACUUGGAAAUGGCCAGAUAGUGCGCAGGCACAUAGAUCAAGUGAGGAACAGGCAUGUUGGGCCUACAGAGGAAACUCUGGUGUUGGAGGAACAAUCAGGGAAAGAGGGGGAAGAGUUAACAUCAAUCGUGGGUGUCACAAUCUCCAAAGACACUAAUGUGGAGCAGACAGAGGAAACGACCAAGGAGGUGUUAAGGUCAGAAAAUCCUGUGGUGAAAGACAAUGUAGAGUUAAGGAGGUCGACGAGACCGAAGAAGACUCCGAGAUACUUACAGGAUUUUGAGUAG